AUGACCAGAAUGAAGCUGCGAGCAUCAGCCAUCCUACAAGACACACAGUCAUGUAUCCCACUAUCCAAACUCCUCAGGGACCGCGACAUCAUCCUUCUUCUUACCCCAGCCAUCGCUCCUGAGCUGAGCCCUCUCAAUCAGAACCCUAAUAAGCCAACUAAGGACCCAUUUGAGCCAUUUGGUCAAGAAUUGGCGAGAUUCCACCCAUGGGUUCACCAUGUUCCCUACGGCCCUCGCAACGGCAUCACGCCUACCCAUGGAGCACACAUCCAUUACGCCGCUCUCAUCAUCUUCGUCAUCUAUGGUCCCCCAUGCCACGGACAGCUUUCUCAAGUGGAACUAGCAGACUAUGUGCGAUCUAUUGCUAAUCACCGUCCUCAGAUCAUCGUCACCCUUUGCAAUCCCCACGAGCUCAACCUUUCCCCCAGUGCCUUCCCGACCAUCGUUCAGGUCUCGAGCCUCUGCCCUGAUGACCUCCAGUCUGCCGCUUCAAUGCUCUUCCAGUUCCCCCCUCUUAGCUUGAACAAUAACAGUCCCCGUCUGCCUACGCUACAAAACCUCCUCCAUCAUGAUCACGACUAUCCAAAGCCCAAACCCCAUCUCCAACCUCAAGUUUGGACCGUCGAAGUCUGGAACGAACACCUCGACCCGCCUGCCAUCUACAACCUCUGGAGGGAAUGCUUACCCCCCCAGUUCAGCUGCAUCUCACAGUACCAGCUGACAAACCUCCUUCGGAGGGACGGGUACGCGAUGCACUACGUCGUCCGCGCCCCUUCCUCUCCAACCAGCAAUGGCACUGAGAAUGGAGCGGAAAAAAGGGAAAUAAUCGGCUUCUGCGCAACCUAUACUACCUACCUCGACCGCGACGGCGAACAUCUCCUCGGCUCGUUAGCUCUCCUCCUCGUCAAACCGACCCACCACGGCCGCGGGGUGGGGCUGAGUUUGCAUCGCCAUGCCAUGAAGAUGUUGACUAAGACUAGAGGAGUCUGUCGCGUGCAAUUGGGGUCCACCUUCCCCCGACUGUUGUACGGCCUGCCAUGGGAUGUUGAUCCUGAGGUUGAGAAUUGGUUCCGCAAGAGGGGAUGGCCUAUACACUCCGGAAUGGGGGCGGGUCCUGGGAGAGGAGCAGAAGUAACCGACUGGGUAUUACACUUCACUAAUUGGCCCAUCACCCAAGUAUUGUUACCACGCAUCAGCUUUAAGCAGUGUUCCUUCCCCGAGUUUGAGGCCGUGUUAGAGUUUGUCGAGGUUGAAUCAAAACGAGCCGGGAAAAUGGGCUGGUACGAUGAGUAUGCUAAGCUGGCGGGGUCGAUGCGGGUGGAGGAUAUUGUGUUGGGUGUGGAGGAUGGAAGGAUCAUUGCUGCUGCGUUGACAUACGUUCCGGGGAGUGCGGGAGGGGGCCCGGUGGCGGAAGACUUUCCUUGGGUGGGGGUUUUGGGAGGGCCCGGAGGGGAGAUUGGGGGGGUUACGUGUGUUUGUGUUGAUGGUAAGUUUUGGACCACCCAAGGGGAGGAGUGGAAGGACGAGGCUGACAGGGAAAUAGGCCGGUUGUCAGAGAGCCCGACUAAGAAGGAUGCGGUCAUAAUACGAUUGCUGGCGACGUGUAUUAGGGUGCUGACGGAGCAGGGGAUAAAAGUAAUGUUUGUGGAUGGGGUAAUGGGAGAGGAUGAGGGGUUUGAGUCUAUGGGUGAGUCUGCUUCCCCUUGCUAUGCAGAGAUUGUGUUGAUGCUGACCGACUUUUGGGGGGACUAG